AUGCCGUCGAAACGCAAGCGCGAAAUCGAGGACUUCGAUCCUAACAAAUCGGACUCCGAUGACGAGAACUUCGAGCCCGGCGCCGAUGCACCCGCCGUCCGCAGCAAAAAGCGAUCGCGCGGACCCAAAAUCCAGAGGAGCGCCGGGGGCCGGCGACGCGCCAACAGAUACAAUGGGUCAGACAUCGAGGAUGACGAUGAUGAAGACGUCUCCGACAGCCAGGACGAGGGCUCGUUUGUCUCGGAAGAAGAAGAAGACGAAGAAGUGAACGCGCCUGUCAAUGCGGCCGGUCGUCGUGCAAGAAAGGCCGCGACGAAGCACAAUAGCUACAAGGAGAGUGACGACGAAGAAUCUGAGGAUGCCGAAGAAUCGGACGAUGUCCUAUCGGAAGAUUUGCCAAAGCCCAAGAAAAAGGACAGCUUAUUGAUCAAGCUCAAGGUGCCAAAGACUGCCUCAACGCCUGCUCCUGCUGCACCGGCCACGAGGCGAUCAACUCGUGCCCGAACAGAAGAGCUCGGCGAAGAGCAUGUUGAGUUGACCAACUCCGGCAAACAUUCACGGCCUGCCUCGCGAUCUAGAAGCCCCGAGGCCUUUGCCCGGACUCGGUCUUCCCGCUCAAUUAAGGGACUUAAGAAGGGACCUGAGACAAUCGAAGAGGCAACCCAGGAGAGCAGUGGUCCCCGCGUAGAUGAUGCCGACGUAGACGAGUUGGCCGGCGAUGUUGAAGAAGCAAUUGCUGAGAUUAAGGACACCGAGAUGGAGGAUGUCAAAGAAUCGACCGAGCAAGCGCCGGCCGUCGACGUUGUUGUGGACGAGGACGACGAGGAGGAUGAGGGCCCAAUUACACGGCGGACGCGGGCCAAAAGAGGAAGUGGCUCUGCGGCUGGGACCGCCGAGCCGGACGCCGACGCGAAACGCGGGGCCGAAGACGAUGGUCCCAAACGACGCCUAACUCGCCGGAACGGGCUUCGAAAGUCAAAAUCCGUCCAAGAGCCGAGUAGUGAUUUUGAGCCCGGCGAAGAGUCGGCAGAGGAAGAAGCGCACAUGUCCGAGUCGCCCAAAAAGGAUUCUGGUGACGGUGACGAUGGUGAUUUCGACAGCCCUGCUCCGCGCGGUAGGGCGGCCGCCAAGCCCAAGGGUCGAUCCACCCGCAGCUCGCGCCGAGGCGCCGAGUCGGCUGAGGAAGUCGAGCUGGACCAGGACGAACUGGCCGAGGAGCUGCACGAGCUUCGACAGGACUCUCGCUCCCGCCGAACUCGACGUCCCUCGCCCGCCAUCAUUUACCAGGAAACGGCUUCGAAGCGACGCAGAGCGGCCGCCAAGCCGAUGAACUACUUCAUGCCGCCCCUCUCCGCCGUCAACCUUGAAGAAGACGCCGAAGACCCCGCCCCAACUCCCGCGCGUCGUCGCGGCGGCCGAGGAGGCGCCACUCAAUCAUGGGAUCGCGCUCUUAACACCACCUUUGGCCCCUUUGGAGGAGGUGGUGGCGCCGGGUCGCUUCUCACUGGACCUUGGGGUGCAGGUGCUGCUGGAGGCGUCGAUUCUGACAGCAGUGACGACGAGAUGGGCCAACGCUCGGGCGCAGCCGGCAAUGUGGGCAUGACACCUACUUCGGCCGCCGCCCCGGCCGGACUCCUCCCGGGCCUCGCACAGCCUUUGGGCGGAGACGCGGGCGUCGGUGCUACCCCGAAUGUUGGUAAGAUCAAGAACCAGAAGGCUCUGGCAGACGCCGAUCCUCUCGGAGUCGACUUGACCGUCGAUUUCAACCACGUCGGUGGCCUCCAAGGUCACAUUGAUCAGCUGAAGGAGAUGGUGCAGCUCCCCCUUCUGUACCCGGAGCUCUUCCAGAAGUUUCACGUCACGCCGCCUCGAGGCGUCCUUUUCCACGGUCCACCCGGAACUGGUAAAACUCUUCUAGCCCGUGCCCUUGCGAACUCGGUCGGCAUUGGCGGUCGCAAAAUCACCUUUUACAUGAGAAAGGGUGCCGAUGCUCUGAGCAAAUGGGUUGGCGAGGCGGAGAAGCAGCUGCGUCUGCUCUUCGAAGAGGCCAGAAGGACACAGCCUAGCAUCAUCUUCUUUGACGAAAUCGACGGUCUGGCACCUGUGCGCUCCAGCAAGCAGGAACAGAUUCAUGCCUCCAUCGUGUCGACUCUCCUGGCCCUGAUGGACGGUAUGGACGGCCGCGGUCAGGUUAUUGUCAUCGGUGCCACCAAUCGUCCUGACAACAUCGACCCAGCCUUGAGAAGACCCGGCAGAUUCGACCGCGAAUUUUACUUCCCACUCCCCGAUGUGGCCGGCCGAAAGUCGAUCCUCGAAAUCCAUACCAAAGACUGGGGCCUCUCGGAGCCGUUCAAACAACAGCUUGCCGAGAACACCAAGGGUUACGGCGGUGCUGAUCUUCGAGCCCUUUGCACAGAAGCUGCCCUCAAUGCGAUUCAGCGAACCUACCCGCAGGUCUACUCGUCCAAGGAUAAGCUCAUUGUCAACCCAGACAACAUCAGCAUUCAUGCGACCGACUUCAUGCUGUCCAUCAAGAAAAUGAUCCCCUCGUCCGAGAGAUCUGCGGGCACCGGCGCAGCUCCAUUGCCGAAAGGCGUCGAGCCGCUCCUGCGGGACCAGUUCGGGUCGAUCAAGAAGGCGUUGGACGAGGUACUCCCUCGCAAAAAGAAGCUGACAGCGCUGGAAGAGGCCAUGUACGAGCAAUUUGACGACGAGGACCAGGGGUUCGGGCGCGAGGCUCUGCACCAAGAGUUUGAGCGUUCCCGCAUCUUCCGCCCACGGUUCCUAAUCCAUGGCUUUUCGGGCAUGGGCCAGAGCUACCUUUCGUCUGCUCUGCUGCACUAUUUCGAAGGCGUGCAGGUCCAGAAUUUUGGGCUUCCCAACUUGCUUGGCGACGGGCGGCCCAUGGAACAGGUCAUUGUCAGCCUCUUCACCGAGGUCAAGAGGCACAAGCCCAGUGUCAUCUACAUCCCCAGCAUCGACUCGUGGUAUGCCGCCAUGAAGGACACGCUGCCUUUCAUCACCUUCAAGGCCAUGCUCAAGUCCAUUCCGCCUACGGAUCCCAUCCUGGUGCUUGCAACGGCAGAGUACGAGCCAGGGGAGGGUCUCGCCCCGGAUCUCGUGCGAGAACUUUUCUCCUUUUCUCGCAAGAAUCGGUUGCAGAUUGAGCGGCCGAUGCAUUCCAACCGACGAGAAUACUUCGCCGCCAUUGUCGAGCACAUUCGGAAGAGUCCGGCCGACUUCCCCGAUCCCGCCAACCGAAAGAAGAGAGUUCUGGAACAGCUACCCGUUGCCCCGCCGCCGCCGCCAAAGGUACCCACCAAGGAAGAAGUCAAGGCCAUGCAGAAGCGCGACCACCAGCUCCUCAACAUCUUGAAGGUGCAGCUGCAGCCCAUCAUGGACCAAAUCAACAGAAAGUACAAAAAGUUCAGGCAGCCGGUGAUCACCCCUGCGCAGCUGGAGUACUUGUUCCUCGAGAUGGAUCCCAACUACGUUCGUCCUGACAUCGUGGGCGCUGAGGACCGUCCUUUUGAAAUCGUCAAGGACAAGUACGGUGACGACGUGCUGCGCGAGACAGCCACUGGCAAGACUUUCUACAACCUGGAGACCACAACCAUCGAGGAGCGGUUGUCGAACGGCUUUUACUGCCGACCCAAGGACUUCCUCCGAGACAUAAAGUCUCUCGCGAAGGAUUCCAAAAACAUUGGCGACAAGGAGAGAACCCUCAAGGCGAACGAGCUCGUCAGCAACGUCGAGGUUGACGUCGCCACUAUUGAGGGCAACACGAGCACCGUGGACUGGGAGGCGUUGCACCAGAGACAACUGCAACGCGCCAAGGCUGCGGCCGAGAAGGAGCGGAAGAGAAAGGCUUUGCAGUCCGUCGUCGACCGCAUGCAGACCGAUGUAGCAGGUGGUAACGACAGCGACUCUCAAGGUCCUGUUACGCUGGGCGAGCGCAUUCCCGGGUCCGCCCAUGCAAUGGCUCGCUUCCAGGUCAUGAGCCCGGCGCCUGGCGACACCGCCGAAACUCAGCAGCCGAGCAACGGAGGACCGGAACCCUCCCGGCUGAGUGACGUGCAGAUGAGCGGCGUCGAUGACGAUACGACACAAGACAGCUCUAUGCAGCCACCGUCGCAAUGGCCGCAGCAAGCGAAUCUGACAACAGGCGCAACAACGGGGACCACCCAGGUGUCCCAGAGGUCCGUUAUCACAACAGUUCCCCCCGGGAUGUCACCUUCUGCGAUCGUGAACGACGCUUCCACCACGAAGACGUCAGAUCCAUCGGAAAGAUCGACAGACAAGUGGAGCACUCAAGCAACGAACGGGUUCCAUCCCGAUCAAUCCAGCCAGGGAGACACUUCGCAGCUGCAAGACACUCAGAUACCCGCGGGCAUGGGCGGCGUGAGCCAAGCUACUUCGAGUGAUGAUCCUUGGCCACACUCUCAGGCCCACGGUAUGGCGCGUGGGGUCAUCCGCCCUCCCGGCAGUCAAACAUCGUCACCUAAUAAGUCGAGAAGCUCAGGAGACUCUAAGCAUGCCAUGCCUUUGGUCAACAUCCUCAACGAGUCCACCAGUGACGACAUCAGAAACUCCGGCUCGUCCUCCUCGCAACAGCAACCUGUUAUACACGAGGGUCAGGUUACGCAGUUCCUCGACGAACUGACCGAGAGGACCUCGGGCUGCACCAUUGAACAGCUGGAACAGAUCAACCGGGAGCUCAUGGACGAGAUCUGGAACACGAGACACGAGUGGAAUCGUAUGAAGGUUCUCAGCGACCUGACGAAUGUGUUCAACGAGACAAUCAGCGAUAUCGAGAGUAUCCAGGGGCUGUUCCAACAGAGCCAGGGGUCAUGA